AUGAUGCCCUCCGUCUAUGGGGCGAGCAUGCCACAGACGACACCGCCUACGUGCACAAAUCAACCUAUGAUACUAGACGACUUCUCAAGACAGCAACCAGCUUUUCCAGACUCAUCUCGUAGGGCAUCUCGUCACAUCAAUGGACAAUGGGGGACGGGUCCCAUGAGGGUGGUGAAGCCUAGCAGUGCCAACAACAGCCCACAGUCUAUGAUGUCUAGAAGGAGGACGUUGAUGAAUGACAACAACAUGGCCCGGCGACGCCAGCAGGCUCUGGAUCAAGCCAUUCUACAACAAAUGCAAGAUAGAUCUUCAUACUAUACAAAUCACCAAGAGCCAGUCAGACAAAAUACUCGCCCUGUUAGCUGGCAUCCGACCUCGCAUAUCCCAACUGCACCGCAGAUGCAUAUGCCUACAUCUCAAACUGACUACCACCAAUUCACUGUGGCCAUACCCACGCAAUUCCACACGAAGGAGUAUUUCGCCGGAUACCAAAAUCUGCCACCAACACCGGCGGCAUAUUCUGGGCAUACCUCGCCAGUAUCUGGCUACUCUCCGCUGCUGCCAUACGGCUCAGUAACACAGCCUACUGCCUUGCCGGCAUAUAUGGGCACAGAUCCAGUAGGCCCAGAGUCGCAUAUAGCACCAGACUACUUCCACUCCAGUGGCAGUCCUGAUAUGGUUGGCGAUAUAUCAUACAACAAUCAAACUUCUUUUGAUUGGCACACAUACCCUUCUCAUGGUCUACAAUCUUGCACAGCGCCCCCCACUCCGGAAGAGUUCCAAAGAGUGCAUGAGCCGCAAUCGGUGCCGUCAGAGGAGUCGAUACCCUAUCAACCACUUGAGGAACCUGAGAAUGAUGAAGAGGAGGGAGAGAUAUUAGUCGGUAUGGGCCUAUACGAUCUACCAAGCAAAGCAGAUACAGACCCGGAGUUGGAUCACUACCGCACAACGACAUCACAAUUUCUAGACUCGACAUAUCGCAGUGGCAAAGGUUGGAAGCUUGAAGAGGCCUGGGAGCCUCCUGCUACAGACGAUGAAGACGCAGAGGAAGACGCCGAUGGCGAGGAUCAAGAGGAGGAUUCAAACAGUACGGAGUCACCGCCAGCACAGCAGUCUUGGAUAUGA